AUGUCCUUCGCAGUGUCAAACCCCUGGCGAGAUCGCAUCCUCCGUGGCGAAGUAUGCUCAGUAAUGAGCGUCAAAUACGCCAUUGGCAAUGAAAUUGCGAUGAUGACGAAGAUGGCCGGCAUGGAUGGCAUGUUUAUCGAUAUGGAGCACUCAGUACUCACCAUUCGUGAGGUGUCACAGCUAGUGACAGCUUGCAACUACGUGGGUGUUUCACCCAUUGUGAGGGUACCGUCCAAGGCACACUGGCAUCUGAGUCGAAUCCUAGACGCAGGAGCAGCAGCCGUGGUCAUUCCUCAUUGCGAGACUGUUGAGCAGGUUCAGGAGAUCGUCAAAGAUGCCAAAUACCCCCCGCUCGGACGCCGUGGAUGUGCAGGCAAUCAACCCAUUCUGAACUUCCAAGCAGUCCCUACUCUAGUCCAGAAUGAUUUACUCAAUCGAGAGACCAUGGUCAUCCCCAUGAUCGAAACCCCUGGCGCAGUUGAGCUUGCGAACGAGUUUCUGGCAAUUCCCGGCGUCGAUGGCAUCCUUGUUGGCUCCAACGACUUGUGCACAGAUCUGGAAAUCCCUGGCCAAUAUGACAAUGCGCUGUACCUGGACUCGGUUACGAAGGUGAUCAAAGCGGGAGUAAGAGCCAAAAAACCUAUCGGGAUUGGAGGCAUUGGUGGUCGCUUGGACCUGCUGGAGAAGUUCUUUGAGCUAGGCGCGACAUGGUCUUUGAGCGGGGCCGACGGAGCGAUGCUGCAGGCAGGUAUGAAGGCGCUCGGCAAGACCUAUGGCGAAAUCAACAACCGCGUGCAACAGCAACGCGCAGCCGUCGUUGAAAGUGCGACAUCUGGACGGGAUACGAAGAUGCCGCAGGCGACAGCAUCGGAGAUCGUGGCUACUAGUAUAGCCGCAUGA